AAAAAAAUUAAAGAUAGGUUGUGUUUUAUCAAUGGCCACUUUUAUUUUCCCAAACCUCCUAAUUUCAGCUAAUUCUGUCGUCUUUGUCUUGCUAAUUCUCUGCUCUUGGAAAAAGAGUUAUGCUUUCCAAGGAACAAAGAGUAGUACAGAUAGCAAUGAUCUUCACCAUAUUAUUCACGUCAAUGCUCUACUGCCAUCAGCCGUUUGCAACUCAUCUACCAAAGUUUCAGGUCUCGACAAAAAAUCAUCUUUACAAGUUGUCCACAAGCAUGGCCCAUGCUCUCAGCUCCAUCAAGGCAGAGCAAAAAACCAUCUCACUCAUGCGGAGACUCUCUUCCAAGAUGAAGCCCGAGUCAGAUAUAUUCAGUCCAGACUAGCCAAGAACUCAGGCUCCAGGUCAGAUGUGAAGGAGACUGAUGACGCCAAUCUCCCAGCCAGGGAUGGUAGUGUGGUGGGGUCGGGCGAUUACAUAGUCAUCGUGGGUCUUGGCACCCCAAAGAAACAACUCUCUCUCAUAUUUGAUACAGGAAGCGACAUCACCUGGACACAAUGUGAGCCUUGCGCAGGGUAUUGCUAUCAGCAGCAGGAGACAAUAUUUGACCCCUCUGCUUCCUCAACAUAUUCCAACGUUUCAUGCAAUACGGCACUAUGCAAUUCACUCUUUUCUGCAACAGCAGGGAACCCACUAGGUUGCGAAUCAUCGACAUGUGUCUAUGACAUUCAAUACGGAGACUCUUCUUUCUCGAUUGGAUUCUUUGCCAAAGAAAGGCUAACCUUAACGUCAACAGAUGUGUUCAACAACUUUCUUUUCGGUUGUGGCCAAAACAACCAAGGUCUUUUUGUUGGUGCAGCCGGUAUGCUGGGACUUGGCCGAGAUAAAUUAGCUUUGCCUUCACAAACAGCCAGGAAAUACAAGAAAAUUUUCUCUUACUGCUUGCCAUCAUCCUCCAGCUCAACCGGUUUCCUCACUUUUGGAAAAGGUAGGGGCAGCUCAAAAUCUGUAAAAUUCACUCCAUUAUCCAAAAGCUUCCGAGAUACAUCUUUUUAUGGCCUUGACAUUACUGGAAUCAGCGUUGGUGGCACAAAACUAUCGAUUUCAGAAUCAGUUUUCACCACUGCCGGUGCAAUCAUUGACUCUGGAACUGUUAUCACACGCUUGCCACCUGCUGCAUACGCAGCACUGAGGUCCACAUUUCGACAAAGCAUGAGCCAAUAUCCAAAGGCUAAAAAAUUUUCAAUACUUGACACAUGCUAUGAUUUUAGAAAUUACAAAUCCGUUACCAUACCAAAGAUAAGCUUCUUCUUCAGCGGAGGCAUUGAGUUGGCAAUCCCCCAAGAGGGGAUUUUGUACUCUAUAAGUGUUUCUCAGAUAUGCCUAGCAUUUGCUGCAAAUGAUGAUGUCAGUGAUGUGGCGAUAUUUGGGAAUACGCAGCAGAAGACACUGCAAGUGGUAUAUGAUGGUGCUGGAGGAAGAGUUGGAUUUGCGACCGGGGGAUGCCAGUAAGUUUGUCAUCUAAUGGAGAAGAGAAUCUUCAAAUUAGGUCCUUCAUCAUCAUACAGUAAUGCUGAUGGAGAAAGAUUGAAUAACUGUUAUUGGCGAAAGCUCUAUCUUUCACUAUUGGAAAAAAAAAAAAACGACUCUAAUUAGUAUCAGUUCAACUUUUCUGCAACUUGUAAUCAGAAUUAAGAAAUAAUAAUAGCUGGAAAAAAUUGGGGGGCUACAGCUCAUAUAUAGUCAUAAAUCAUUGUAUAUAGUAAGUUCCGUUUCCUACCACCAAGCUUGGCUAGUGCAAGAGCCACAUCAAAAAGUAAUCGUAUAGUUUUCUUGA